AUGGUUGUUUUCGAUGGCCACGAGUACCUCACCGAGGAAGAGAAGCGCCUCAAGGAAGAUCGUGACCGUCUCAAGUACUGGAAGAAAUGGGGGCCCUACGUUGCGGAGCGGCAAUGGGCAACAGUGCGUGAGGAUUACAGUGCCGAUGGCGAUGCCUGGAGCCACUUUACUCAUGACGACGCCCGAUCUCGAGCUUUCCGGUGGGGUGAGGACGGCAUCGCCGGUGUCUCCGAUACCCACGGUCUGCAGAACAUUGCUUUUGCUUUCUGGAACGAACAAGAUCCCUUCCUCAAAGAGCGACUCUUUGGCUUGUCCAACCCUCAAGGCAACCAUGGUGAAAGCAUCAAGGAAGCUCACUUUCAUCUAGAUAACACUCCUCACUCCUACAUGAAAUAUCUCUACAAAUACCCACAAAAGGCAUUUCCUUACGAGGAUCUCCUGCAAGAAAACGCAAAGCGAGGCAAGACAGACAAGGAAUACCAAAUCAUUGACACUGGCAUUUUCGAAGAAGACAGGUACUGGGAUAUCGUCAUUGAGACCGCAAAGGAUGAUGACGACGCCGAGGAGCUUUUGUUCCGUGUUACCGCAUGGAACAGAGGCCCAGAGCCUGCUCCCCUUCAUAUUGUUCCGCAUGUGUGGUUCCGCAACACCUGGGCCUGGGGCAGAGAGGACGAGAAACUCAAACCGUCCAUCUCAGCUCAUGCCGAGAACCUGGCCAAGUCAAAGCACCAUAAACUUGGUGAUCGCUAUGUUCUUCUCUCCCCUUCGCCUGGUGUUGGUCCUAGCGGAGACGACGUUCAGCCUCAGCUCCUGUUUACUGACAACGACACGAAUACCGAUCUGCUCUAUGGACAAAAGAACAAAGUGCCGCAUGUCAAGGAUGCGUUCCACCAGUACAUUGUGGAAGGUAAGAAGGAGGCCAUCAACCCUGCCAAAACCGGCACCAAGUUUGCAGCUUCAUUUGCUUUCAAUGAGUCUGGUGGUGUCGCACCUGGGGAAUGUGCCGUCGUUCGUUUCCGUUUCAGCAAGAAAGCCGAGACGUACCUUGACGAAGAGGAGUUCGACGACAUUGUCGAGAAGCGCCGAGACGAAGCAGACGAUUUCUAUUACCGACUCAGCCCACUCCCGAUGAGUGAUGAUCUACGCAACAUUCAGCGACAAGCUUUCUCGGGAAUGAUGUGGUGUAAACAAUAUUAUCAGUUCAUUUGGGACCAGUGGGCUAAUGGCGACCCGGCCCAACCGCCUCCGCCUCCUAGCAGGAAAGCUGUCAGGAACUCGCAAUGGAAGCAUCUGCACAUUGACGACAUCCUGUCCAUGCCGGAUUCAUGGGAGUAUCCCUUCUUUGCAGCUUGGGAUAGUGCUUUCCACUGUAUCCCACUUGCCAUGAUUGACCCCGACUUUGCCAAGAAGCAAAUCGACCUCUUCACCAGGGAGUGGUACUGCCAUCCAAAUGGACAAUUGCCGGCGUAUGAGUGGAAUUUUGGAGAUGUCAACCCACCAGUGCACGCAUGGGCCACUUUCCGUGUGUUCAAGAUUGAGCGCAAGCUAUAUGGACGCCAAGACUUGGACUUUUUGGAGCGUGUGUUCCAAAAGUUAUUGUUGAACUUUACCUGGUGGGUCAACAGAAAGGAUGUGGACGGCAAGAAUGUGUUUGAGGGAGGUUUCCUUGGACUGGACAAUAUAGGCUUAUUCAACCGUUCCGAGCCUCUGCCCACAGGAGGUGUUCUCGAGCAGGCUGACAGCACCGGCUGGAUGGCCUUCUACUGCUUGUGUAUGCUCAAUAUCGCCCUUGAGCUGGCAAAGCACAGGCGCAUCUACGAGGAUAUCGCAUCCAAGUUCUUCGAGCAUUUCAUCUUCAUCAGUGAUGCAAUGACCUUCAAGGCUGGAAACGCCGAAGAGAAGUCACUGUGGAACGACGAGGACGGAUUUUACUAUGACGCGAUUUCUUGGGGCGGUCCCUGGACUCAGCAGCUCCCAGUCCGAUCGCUUGUCGGUCUCAUUCCACUCUACGCCACUCUAACCUUGGAGCCGGAGCUGAUCAACAAGCUACCGUCGUUCAAGAAGCGCGUUGAUUGGUUUAUGGAGAACCGAUGUGAUCUUGCCGAGAGGAACAUGGCCAGCAUCAGGAAGAGAGGAAAGGGCAAUCGUAUCCUCCUUUCUAUGGUCAGUAAAGAGCGUCUGGAGAAGAUCCUCAAGAGAAUGCUGGAUGAGAAUGAAUUCUUUAGCGAGCAUGGUAUUCGAUCUCUGUCCAAGUACCACAAGGAAAAUCCAUUCUCAAUGGACGUCAAUGGACAAAAGUUCACCGUAGGAUAUGUCCCGGGCGAUUCCGACACUGGCCUCUUUGGAGGCAACAGUAACUGGAGAGGUCCUAUCUGGCUAUGUGUCAACUUCCUCUUGGUCGAAUCCCUGCAGCGGUUCUACCUUUUCUACGGCCCACAAUUCCAGGUCGAAUGCCCAACUGGCUCAGGCGACUACAUGCACCUGGGUCAUGUGUCGGAAGAGGUUCAGCACAGGCUACAACAUUUAUUCGCUCGUCGUGAUGAUGGUCGUCGUAGCAUCAACGAUGGAAACGACGUACUUGACUUCGACCCACACUGGAAGGAUAAUCUCUGGUUCCAUGAAUUCUUCGAUGGUGAUACUGGUCGUGGAUUGGGCGCGACACAUCAGUGUGGUUGGACUGGUUUGAUCGCCCGUAUGAUCCAUGACACUGGAAUCAGCUGCCGUUUGCCACAGACUCCACGAACGCCUUCCGUUGGAAUGGCCCAUUACUUCGAUGAUGUGUUCCAUCGCGGAGGGGAGAAGGACAAACCAGUCAAGCCGCAAAUGCGGCGUUCUUCUACAGCGCGCUCAAUCGGUGCGCGCAGUGACUUUGAUAAUUCGGUCAAUGGAGAUGAGGACGACAAUAGUGUACGAGAUCUUGAUCCAGAACGUGAGACACAGCGUCAGGAAGCAGAUAAACACAUGCAUCAUUACAUCAGCGAGCAGCUGGAGAAAGUCAAGACCGAUCUGGAGUACGAUGGUAACAAUAUGGAAGAUGAAUAUGAGACGCAUGCCUAA